AAUAAUAACAUUAACCUUAAUGAUGAUAGUCCUAGCUUAAUUCAUUCAUCAAUUUUGUAAUUAGCGCUAAAAUUCCCUCUUAAUUCAAAUAAUCAAAUCAAAGAGAAAAGUAAUAUUAGAGAUGGCAACCCUCAAAGUUUAUGCUGAUAGGAGGUCUCAACCAACUCGUGCUGUCAUCCUUUUCUGCAAAGUCAAUGGUAUCGAAUUUGAGGAGGUGGAAACUCAACUCUUCAGCAAUGAUCUCAAUACUCCUGAAUAUCAAGCAAUCAAUCCGAUGAAGAAAGUCCCGGCAAUAGCUCUUGGAGAUUUUACACUCUUUGAGAGCCAUGCCAUUCUCACGUACCUUGCUUGCUCCUAUCAUGUUCCUGAUCACUGGUAUCCAGUUGAUCUUAGUAAGAGGGCUAAACUUCAAUCUGUGCUCGAUUGGCACCACGCCAAUUUACGCUACGGUGCAAUGGGCUACUUGUUUAGCACAAUGUUGGCCCCACUUUUUGGGAAAUCACCAAAUGCGGAGUUAGCAGCUGAUUGUGAACAGAAAUUGGUGCAAUCCUUUGAGACCAUUGAGAAUGUGUGGCUUAAGGAUGAUGCCAAGUUCUUACUAGGCUAUGAUCAACCCUCCAUUGCUGAUCUUUCCCUCGUCUCUGAGAUUAUGCAACUUCAUAUGUUGGGUGAUGAAGAAAGGGAGAGAAUGAUUGGGCCAUAUAAGAAAGUUCAAAGAUGGAUUGCGGACGUAAAAGAAGCAACAAAUCCUCAUUUUGAUGAAGUUCACCAAUGUCUCUUUGAUGUUAUUGCAAGCUUGAAGCAAAAUGCUUAAUCUUUUAAAACAUUGAUUCUAUUUUUGUUAUCUACUUUUUAAACUACAUUGAUUCUAUUUUUGUUAUCCACUUUUUAAACUUAAUUAAAGUGAGAAUUACGAGUCUUAUUUAAGAAGAAAUAUGUAUUAUUGCUUUUCUUAGGAACAACAUGCACUUGAUUCUCGCUACGACUGUAACUAAAAAACUU